UCUCCUUGCCGGGUUUUUCAAGACCUCGGAUCGGAGGCAGGUGGUGGACACGGGUGCUUCCAGCGUGCUGAACGCUUGCCACGCCCGACUAAGGUUGACGCCGCUGGCGCUGCGAGUGGCGAAGAAGGGGUCGUACAGGAAAACGGCGGACCGGAAGGUGUUGGUGGAGAUGCCGCCGACGAAGAAGGGGUUGCUGCGGCGCGUGCUGCCAAGCCUGCGGGCUGGCAAGGUGGAGGCGGAGGUGACGUACCUGUCGGACAAGUGGCGCGUCUGCCGGGCGGGCGGCGUGACGGUAGCCUUCCGGAAGAACGGCGGCGGGGACUAGAUAGGGGAGAGAGGGGCCCGAGGGAAAGGGAGCAGCAGAUUUUUGCUAAAAAAACAGCAUUUCCAGGCGUGCGGCGAGACGAAGAAGGGGUGGACAUUUUAGAGGAACCCGGACACUUCGGUGCUGCGUGUACCCGCGCUGCUUAGCGGGCAGGGUCGUUCACAAGUGACAAACGGACACCCGAGCAGCCCUUUCUUUUUCUAUUUCUUAUGGCGACUAAAUGCCGGUGUGCUGGUGCUGCUCCAGCGCGAUCGGCGAAUAAAUCCCCUGGCAAUCGCGAGGACGGCUACAUAGUGAGGUCAAGAGCUCGCAGAUAGGCUUGUCUUGUGUUUGCUUCACAACCGACGACCUGAAAAGACCGUUGUCUAAUGGAUGCACGCCCGCUCCAGGCAGGCGGCGGGCUGUGUCGUGCAGGACGGGGCAUGUGUUUAGCCUUGCGCCCGCAUACGCAUACCUUUACGCGCAGGCUCAUAGCCGUGGACUACGUAGGCUAUUGUCGGGCGUUGGCGCACGAGCCACCAUUUUGUGUAUUUCAUCUGUAACAGCGGUUCCGGUUUUGUUUACUCGCAAAAGACGAGGCGAUGGCAGGGGAGAGGUCCAAUCGUUAAGUGCUUCGCGUAGAACUACAUGCGGACACAUUUAAAUCCACAAGCCGCGCCCUAUGACAUGUUUCAACUAGGCGCAGUUGCGGGAAAUCUGGCUGUUGCCCUGCUUCUCCCCAAUUAUCUGCCGAAAGUCAAGUGUGUAUCUGGUUGGAGGGAGCGGGAAUUUUCUUUUUUCUGCGUCGAGAUUUCACUAACCGUAAACACAGCAGUAUUUAUGAAUAAGAAUUCAUUUGUGCCCGCUACGACGGUAGGUACCGUAGUUAACGAUCAAGGUUGCGGUGGGAAGAUGGUUGGAGCACCUUGAAGUGACCAGGAACCGGGUGGCAGGCAGCAGCCAGUGUAUCAUUGUCCAGGUUUGUUUUGGUUUUGCGACGAAGAGGUUGCGGCUGAUGCGUCAUGACGACCGAGCGGCAGCCGGGGAAAGGGAACGGGAAAAACAAGGUACACCUAGGGAGGAAAAGGGCAAUAGGAGGGGGGAGGGGUAUUUACCGAGGGAACAAAAGGAACGACCGGUUACUUCAAGCUUU